AUGGUCGCCUCCUGUACAAUAUUCGUGUCUUCAGCUGGCACCAGCGCCUUCCUGCCUGUCAUCUCGGAGAUGCGGAAUCCAAAAGAUUACAAGAAGCCGCUAUACUUUUGUAUGGCUCUUAUCACCGCUUCGUACCUCACUUUUAGCUUGGUUGUCUAUCGCUGGUGUGGGAAGUGGGUGGCGAGUCCAUCUUUGGGGAGUGCAGGACAAACGAUCAAGAUGGUGUCUUACGGUGUUGCGUUGGUGGGAUUGAUCGUGAGCGCUACGCUGUAUCUGCAUGUGGCGGCCAAAUAUGUCUUCGUACGCAUUCUAGGAAACUCGCGGCACUUGCAGGCCAACACAGUCGUCCAUUGGGGUACUUGGAUUUCAAGCACUGUCAUCCUCGGUGCCCUUUCCUUCAUCCUGGCGGAGGCGAUUCCAAUCUUUAACUAUCUCAUUGCCCUUAAUGGUGCCAUGAAGGACAAGGCCGUGUUCCUUCUUCAUUGCGGUCUGGUGCUGCUGGGUAUUUUCUUUUUGGUUGGAGCGACGUACGGCGUCGUUGUCCAGAUCAUUGAUGCCUACAGCUCCGGAACUAUUGAACCAGUGAUCCCUCCCCCUCCAGGGAUCACCUCCAAUUUCGCACAUCCGACCGACGUCCUCCACACAGUCAACCUGGCAACACAACUCUUGUGUAUCAUCGUUGUGACAGUGGCUGUGGCAUUGCGCAUAAUUAUGAAGUUGCGCCUUCGAAAGAAGCUGGAAUGGGAAGACUAUACGGCUGUUGCAGGAUGUAUACUCUUCGUUGGAUUCUGUGUGAAUAUGCUUGUGUUAAACGCAUAUGGGGGUGGAUAUCAUGGAUGGGAUGUCCCAAAGAGUGACUUUGUCGAAUUCCAGAAGGCAUCCUAUGCAAUCACCAUCAUCUACGUGCCCAUGGCAUAUGUUGUCAAGCUCGCCCUGCUCUCCAUCCUGCUACGGAUUUUCGCCCCCGACCAUCGCAAGGUCCUCGUCAUUCGCAUCAGCCUGAUUGUGCUCUUGCUCUACUAUAUCCCAGCCUUGUUCAUCAAAGUGUUUUUCUGCAAACCCAUUUCGGCAUAUUGGUACGGGACAAAUGACGGCGGGACCUGCAUGGACCAGCGGAAGGUCAUUAUCGCCGAUUCAGCCAUCAGUAUUGCUAGCGACCUGUGGAUCCUGAUCCUACCGGUACCGCUGCUGUGGUCACUGCACAUGUCGACCUUCAAAAAGCUCCGAGUCAUCGGCAUUUUGAGCGCGGGCGGGAUAGCAACUGCAUUCAGUGUCUGGCGAUUAGUGAUAAUGGUCAAGGAUGCCCCAACAACAGACAUAACAUGGGCCUGGGUCCAUGUUGUGUUGACAGCAAACGCUGAAGCCGCUAUCGGGCUAAUCUGCGCGUGUCUGCCCUCGUUGAGCGCAUAUGUCAUCUCUGUUAAGGACAAGAACAGCAACGCCAAUAGUGGCAGUUAUCUGCGUAGCCAUGAGCUCGGCAACUGGAAGAAGACUUUUGCUUCCAGAAAUCACAACCACACGAACUCCUUUCAAACCCAGCAGAAUGACCAGACGCACCUCAUCUCUAUUGCUGGAUGUGCUGAGGCGCCUGAGGGAUCGUUGACUAGUCUGCAUUCUCAACGGAAGAACCAUUCUGAUCGCCUUGGGAUACGUAAAGAGGUUACCGUUUCUCAGAGUUAUGAAUUUGUGAGAUAA